AUGGGGAUAUGGAAUAACAAUAUGUGGUCUUGGAAACUCAAUUGGAUGGAAGCACUUGAUGAUGUAGAUAUUGAAUCCUUCAAUGAAUUGCAUCAAUUGCUUGAACAAGUUCGGCCUAACAGAGCUUCUAGCGACAGGCGAAGAUGGUCAUCAAAUUCUGAUUGUUCUUUUUCGGUUCGAUCAGCGUACAUGGUUUUGCAGGACAGACGUGUAGGUACUCUGGAUACAUAUACAGUGGCAGCAUUGAAAAGAUUAUGGAAGAACAAUGUUCCAUUAAAAAUUAGUGUUUUCGGUUGGCGGUUGUUACUUGAAAAAUUACCAACCCGGGAGGCUUUAUUUCGCAAAGAAAAUAUUUGUUUGGUUGGGCACUAA